UCUUGGCAGGUGGGGAACUACUUGCGCAUGUUCCGGGGGUCUCUGUACAAGAGGUACCCCUCCCUGUGGAGGCGCCUUGCCACCGUGGAGGAGAGGAAGAAAAUUGUGGCGUCAUCACAUGAUCAUGGCUACACCACCCUGGCCACCAGCGUGACCCUGCUAAAAGCCUCGGAAGUUGAGGAAAUACUCGAUGGGAAUGAUGAGAAGUACAAGGCUGUGUCCAUCAGCACAGAACCUCCCACCUAUCUCAGGGAACAGAAGGCCAAGAGGAACAGCCAGUGGGUUCCGACAUUGCCAAACAGCUCCCACCAUCUGGACGCCGUGCCCUGUUCCACCACCAUCAACAGGAACCGCAUGGGCAGAGAUAAGAAGAGGACGUUUCCCCUCUGCUUUGAUGACCACGACCCUGCGGUGAUUCAUGAAAAUGCUUCCCAGCCUGAGGUUCUGGUCCCUAUCAGGCUGGACAUGGAGAUCGAUGGACAAAAACUAAGAGAUGCCUUCACGUGGAACAUGAACGAGAAAUUGAUGACCCCGGAAAUGUUCUCAGAAAUUCUGUGCGAUGACUUAGAUCUGAACCCCCUGACCUUUGUCCCUGCCAUUGCCUCUGCCAUCCGGCAGCAGAUAGAGUCCUACCCCACGGACAGCCUCCUGGAGGACCAGUCAGACCAGCGAGUCAUCAUCAAGUUGAAUAUCCACGUGGGAAACAUCUCUCUGGUCGACCAGUUUGAAUGGGACAUGUCUGAGAAGGAGAACUCCCCGGAAAAGUUUGCUCUGAAGCUGUGCUCGGAGCUCGGCCUCGGCGGGGAGUUUGUCACCACCAUCGCUUACAGCAUUCGGGGCCAGCUCAGCUGGCAUCAGAAGACCUACGCUUUCAGUGAGAACCCUUUGCCUACUGUCGAGAUUGCAAUUCGGAACACUGGCGAUGCUGACCAGUGGUGCCCACUCCUGGAGACCUUGACAGAUGCUGAGAUGGAGAAAAAGAUUAGAGACCAGGACAGGAAUACCAGGCGGAUGAGACGUUUGGCCAACACCGCCCCAGCCUGGUAGCCCACUGACCCCUCGUGGUGGAGUCUCUGGAAGGUGGGACCUUCUUUCCUUUUCUCUGUGGGCAGAAGAGGCUGGCGGGGAGGGGUGCAGCCCUUCACUGGGGCCCCUCAUCCACUGCCCUGCCCAGUCUGCCUGUGGAUCCCGUCCCUGGCCCAGGGUCAGGAGGGGUGCAGGAGGGCUUUUCUGGUCUGAUAGGAUUUGUUUUGUGUGUAUAGGUGCCCAGGGCACAGCUAGGAAGAUUUUUUUAAAUAAAGAGAAUGUGGGGUGAUCA